CAGGGCUUUGCGUGUGGGGCGGUGGCAUGGAGUCCCUCUUCCCUGCCCCGUUCUGGGAGGUCCUCUACGGCGGCCACCUGCAGGGCAACCUGUCCCUCCUGAGCCCCAACCACAGCCUGCUGCCCCCCCCCCCGCUGCUCAAUGCCAGCCAUGGCGCCUUCCUGCCCGCUGGGCUCAAGGUCACCAUCGUGGGACUCUACCUGGCCGUGUGCAUUGGGGGGCUGCUGGGGAACUGUCUCGUCAUGUACGUCAUCCUCAGACACACCAAGAUGAAGACAGCUACCAACAUUUACAUCUUCAACCUGGCCCUGGCGGACACCUUGGUGCUGCUGACCCUGCCCUUCCAGGGCACAGACGUCCUCCUGGGCUCCUGGCCAUUUGGAGACGCCCUGUGCAAGACGGUCAUCGCCAUCGACUAUUACAACAUGUUCACCAGCACCUUCACGCUGACGGCCAUGAGCGUGGACCGCUACGUAGCCAUCUGCCAUCCCAUCCGCGCCCUUGACGUCCGGACCUCCAGCAAGGCCCAGGCCGUCAACGUGGCCAUCUGGGCCCUGGCCUCCGCUGUUGGCGUUCCUGUUGCCAUCAUGGGCUCGGCACAGGCUGAGGACGAAGAGACCGAGUGUCUGGUGGAGAUCCCCGCCCCCCAGGACUACUGGGGCCCCGUGUUUGCCAUCUGCAUCUUCCUCUUCUCCUUUGUCAUCCCCGUGCUCAUCAUCUCCGUCUGCUACAGCCUGAUGAUCCGGCGGCUGCGGGGUGUCCGCCUGCUCGCGGGCUCCCGGGAGAAGGACCGGAACCUGCGGCGCAUCACGCGGCUGGUGCUGGUGGUGGUGGCUGUGUUUGUGGGCUGCUGGACGCCCGUCCAGGUCUUCGUGCUGGUCCAAGGGCUGGGUGUCCAGCCGGGCAGUGAGGCCGCGGUGGCGAUCCUGCGCUUCUGCACGGCCCUCGGCUACGUCAACAGCUGCCUCAACCCCAUCCUCUACGCCUUCCUGGAUGAGAACUUCAAGGCCUGCUUCCGCAAGUUCUGCUGCACGCCCACCCUGCGCCGGGAGAUGCAGGUGUCCGACCGUGUGCGCAGCAUCGCCAAGGAUGUGGCUCUUGCCCGCAAGACCUCCGAGACGGUACCACGGCCGGCGUGACUAGGCGUGGACCUGCCCAUGGUGCCCGUCAGCCCCCAGAGCCCGUCCACACCCAACACAGAGCUCACCCAGGUCACCGCGCUCUAGACCGAUGCGAACCUGCGCCUCACCAGACUCUGUGGGCCGCCCCGUGGCCUCGGAGGGUCUGGUGACGUCACAGAACAGGUCAGAGCAUUAGGGCUGUCCCCAAGGCCUUGUCCACGCUAAAGCUGCCCCCCUAGUGGAGGGUGGGGAGGGGCGCAAGGACUGACUGGUGAGCAUGCCUGGCCAGAGCCACACCAGCACUGCCAAGCUUCACGGACUCUUCCCGCCGCUCCCCUGCUGUGUCCCACUCCGGUCGGCACACACCGGGAGGCGUGACAGCAGCUGCACAGUCCCACAUGCCCCUCCUGCUGGGUGCUGUCUGCACGGAGGCUUGCCGUGUCCGCUCCGGGUAGCCGGGUGGGCGUCAUGCUUCCUGGAGAGCCCAGCGGGCAUCCCUGGGCAGGGGGACCCACCCUGAGAGUGGAACUCCCUUUGGAGGCGUCUCAGCAAGCCUGUUCCCUCCAGAACACAUGAACCGUUGUGCCGCAGACAUGGACAUUCAGAUGUGUGAGGUGGCCAGGAGGACCACUGCAGGCCACCCUGUCAUUUGUGAAGCAGCCCCGGGGGCCUGGUCGCAGCAGCGCGGGGGUGGGGAGGC